AAAUAACUCUCCUUUUAUUGCAUCUCUUUCCCUGUAAACUCAUACUUUGACGUUGAGAGGUUCAAGAAUUAAGCGCCAGAAAAUCCACUCAAAUUUUCGAUCAACUGAAGUUUUUACUCAAUUUUGAAACAGAAGUGUACUGAAAUCUGCCCCUUAGCAUCAAUGACGUCGUUUGAACCUAUCAUUCGAAUGGAUGAAAAUGCGUUUAGAGCUCAUGAGAAAAUUCAGCAGCCUCGAGUAACCAGGAAACCUCUUACUGAUAUGACCAACUCUAGGAAGCCACCUGCAAAGGACAAGUCAUCAGUGAAGAAUUUCAAUGGUUUCAAGGCUCCAGAGAAGGUGGUGCAGCCUAAUAAGGUUGGCAGGAAACCUCUUGGUGAUCUAACAAACUCGAAAAAGCUGACUGCUCAAGAGAAAUCGGCUAAAAGUAAUUGCACUCAGAGUGUUUCAGCUGCUGUCAAGAAAGAGCAAGUCCAGAGUUUUGCUUUAGGGGAAGGUUUUCUGCAUAACCAUGAUGAGUGCAUCAAGGCAAAUCGACAAUCUAUGAGCUUGGAUUAUUUCCUGGAAACUGUUGCCCUUAAAAGAGAUUCUGUAUCUGUUGCAACUCCUCAGCACCCUGAACUGUCUAAGGCCCCGAAUCUGGAGCUUGAAAUUCCAAUGGAGAUCGAAGAGAUGGAAUUCGAAACUUGGGAUAUCUGCGCUCCUGCAAGUCCUCCAGCACCAAAGUCUCCAAGGUCUCCUGAUUGGAGUAUGGAUUUUACUAAUUUGGACUUUUCACCCUUGAAGCUGAAGGAGUCACCAGUCAAGAGCCUCAGAACUUAGUUUCUCUGCAUGAAAACCCUAGUAAUUACAGAGUAACAUUCAUUUCCUUGUGACAUCUUGGCUUUUUCCCAGUACGCUAGUAUUGUUCCAUGAUUGUAGAAUAACAUAGAAUGCUGCUUUCUUUUGUUGCUAGAGGGAGAUCAAUACUUUCUUGUGUUAUCUCCUUACUUUGUUGUAUUGAUCCAAUAUUAAAAGUGGAGUAUAAAUAUUAGUUUCAGAGCUCUUUGUUUUACUAGUCUGUUGUAUCCUCAAUGCACAUUUACGCAUCACACUUGUACGUUUCUAACAAUGCCUGUUGGCACAUUAAGAAUUGGUUUCACAA